AGGGACGUUGGAGUUUCUGCUUCUGAACAGUUGCUCGAAAAUUACGAUCAUUCAUUAAUUCGAAAGGGAAAAACGCCCGACACAGCAGAGAUGUGCACGUUUGAUAAGGACAAGGGGCCAAGGAGGCUGAUGAAAAAGGGAUUGACUCUCAUCCUGGUCGGCCAUAUCAGCUUCAUUCUUGGAGCUAUUGUCCAUGGCAGUGUCCUCCGCCACAUUUCCAAACCCAGCCAGCAUAUCACCACUGAAUACACCAUCGCCAACAUCAUCUCAGUCACAUCUGGCCUGCUGAGCAUUGCCACUGGGAUUAUUGCCAUUGUGGUGUCAAGGAACCUUCCUGUGUUAAAACUCCAAAUAGGACUUAUAAUUGCAUCAUUCCUGAAUGCCCUGCUCUCAGCAGCAUGUUGCAUUGGGCUCUUCUUGGCCUUAAGUAUCACUGUUGCCCACAAUGGUGAGGGUUUGAUGCUGGGAUGCAAUGACACAGAGGUGCCCAUCAACGCUCGGUCACCUGUCAGUGCCAGAUGCCCAUUUGAUACCACACGAAUUUAUGACACCACCCUGGCACUGUGGAUCCCUUGUGCUCUCUUGGCCGCAGUUGAGGUUGGUGUGUCUGUCUGGUGCUUCAUCGUUGGACUGGCUCUCAGGGGGCUGCCACCCUGUGGGAACAGCUACAUCAAAGAGCAGUUGGAGGUAGAAGCUGCAUGCGCUCCUCAAAGCCAACGCCUGAUCGCACAGCGCUUGAACCCUGACGCCUAACUGAACAAAAAGCAGGAAGGACACCACUCUGUUUGGGCUAGCACAGCUAAAUCCCAAAAGGUAUUGCUGCACCUGUAUUGAUACCAGUAGAUGUUGCUCUACAGUCAGUUAGGUGAGUGUCACUGGAACAGGUAUGAAAUCCUUUUUAAGAACCUGGUUCUUGCUUUGCGGUAUCAUACAGCCUGAUACCAAAUUACUCUUAUUUGUUUUCCUUUAAAAACCAAAACACUUUGUCUUGUGUGUGUCAAUCAUUUGCAGAAUAAAGUUUGGUUGAUGUCAGUGCAUCUGUCCCUGAUAAAACCCAUGGUAAAUUAAUUUACAGUGAAAUAAUUUUAAAAAAUAGGAAAACUCACACAAUGUACGUUUCAGUGUAGUCCAGUUCAGUGAACAUAUACAGUAUGUGUGUGGAAGCUAAAAUGAGAUUUAAAUGUAGUCUUAUUAGUAUCCAUCCAGGACUGUUUAGGUUCAUUUGUGCCAUGUCAUUUAUUUCACCAUGAAGAAACCUCCUUUUAUGAAGAAAACACAUUUUAUUAUCUAGCAAAAAUUCAAAAACUCAGUUAUUUUUAGCCAAAUGAAGGUAUAUUUUAGCUUUAAUGAACUUUGAUAUUUUAUUAUUCUAAAUGUUUUUAAUAUACUGUUUGUGUAGAUUUUAAAACAUUGUACACUGGAUGCAUUCAGUAAACCAUUGUGCGUGUUGGCCAAAAAAUGCCAAAGCAUAUUUAAUUAUACGCAGAUACAGUAUUUGGCUUCAAAUUAAAUUGGGCACGCUGAAUUGCACUUCUUGAAAGUAGUUUGUAUUAUUACAUGUGUCGCUGUGGCUUUUUGCUUUAUGAUAAACCAUUGACUAGAUGAACACAGUGCCUUUUGAAUUUCAAAGAAAUAUGCUUCGAAUAGAAAACACAAACUAUUUUUAAAAAAUGUGAAAAUGUAGUAUGAACUCCUAUAUACUGUAUUCCACUAUACUGUGGUUGAAUGUCAAGUGGGGUCAUAUAAAGAGGUUAAGCCAGUAUGUGGGCCAGCCGACUCAGCUGACACAGACCCCCACAAGGCAAUGACGGAGAAGAUCCGAUCAGUGUUGAAACGGUUAAUCCAAUGCCAUGCUCAAUUGUGUGGAAAGGAAUCAUAGCACGCAGUACUAAUCCUCAGGCUGUAAGGGAUAAAUAUUGACAUCGUGCUGACUGACACUAUCCCAACAAAUCUGUUCUGCCAUUUAAGAGGAGACUCAUUAAAUGUAUAUUUGAAAUUACAAGAUGAAUAUGAGGAAAGCUUAUUGUUGUAUAAGGUUAAAUUAACUGAAUUCAAGUAAAGUAAUGUGUUGGCACUUUCAGAAAUGUUUGAGUGCAUUAUCAUGUGGUUCUUGGGGACAUAUUUUCCUAUGAAGUAAUGGAUCUACCAUAUCUGAAGUUUAUAUAGAAUGCAGUCCAUUUAUAAAUACAGACAAUUAACAUUAUUUUAUAUCAAUAAUUGACGAUCUAGCAAAUCGCUUAUUUGUGAAAGGGUAUUUAGUAUGACUCAGAUUGUCAUUGAUUAAAUGAGCAUUUGUUAUUUUCUUGAAAUUGAUUGUCUUGAAAACCUACAUUUUAUACAAAUGAAAAAACAAACAUUGAUUUGAAUUCAUGCAUUGUUGUUUCCUAAUGAGAAAUAUAAGAUCUUGAAAUAACUAGAGCAAGACAGCCCAAUGGGACAAAACCGUCCGUCACUAAUCUUUUCCCCUGCUGCAGACAAGAUGUCAACUCUAACAUGUAUUAGUUCUAUUGCCUGAUUUAAAGAAAAUUACAAAAAUGUGGAUGUAUGGUAUGUUUCAUUUGUUACUUCAUGGUUUUAUAGCACUAUAUACAUGUAAUGUCUAAUUGUUAAUAAAGAUGUUUUUAAUAG